AUGGUAUCUGCUAAACAUUGGAAAUAUCCCAAAGACAAGGAUUUGGUGCUCACGGCCUUACGUGGCUUGGUUGCUACCAAUCCAACCUUGAGCUUGAUUCCCUCGGAGAAAGUUGUCUACAAUGCUGCUACCUCUGGCCAGAAAGUGGCUAUUAUCUCCGGAGGUGGUGCUGGACAUGAGCCUCUCCACUCGGGCUACGUCGGAGAAAACUUGCUUGAUGCUGCUGUCAGUGGAGCCAUCUUUGCAUCACCUUCCACCAAGCAGAUUAUGGCUGCAGUCAAAGCCACCGCAGACAAGGAUAAAGGUGCGGUCAUUGUGGUGAAAAAUUAUACGGGAGACAUCUUGCACUUUGGAUUGGUGGCCGAGAGGGCCAAGGCUGAGGGAUAUAACGUGGAAUUGGUUAUUGUAGCUGAUGAUGUUGCCGUGGGCAGAACCCAGAAUGCCAUGGUCGGAAGAAGAGGAUUAGCAGGCACAGCAAUUGUUCACAAGGUGGUUGGUGCAGCCGCAGCUGCUGGUGGUCAAUUAGCAGAUGUGGCUGAUUUGGGUCGCUCGGUUAAUGACAAUUUGGUCACUAUCAGUGCUUCCUUGGAUAGAACUUCUGUUCCAGGAAGAGAGGAAGAAAAUGAGUUCACAGGGCCAGGAAAGGCUGAACUAGGCCUAGGAAUCCACAAUGAACCGGGCGAAAAGGUGGAUAUCCCUAAAAUCGAAGAUUUAGUCGACAUCUUAUAUAAAAAGUUAUUGGAUGCCUCCGAUAAAGAGCGCCACUACUUGGACUUUGAAGAUGACGACGAGUAUGUGGUGCUCGUGAACAAUAUCGGUGGCACCUCAUCGUUGGAAUUAUUUGCGGUGACGCAUUAUGUCUUGGAGAAUUGCCCAUUGAAGACCAAACCCGUUCGUGUUCUAGUUCUGGACUUUGUCACAUCCUUAAACGCCCCUGGUUUUUCCGUCACGCUAUUCAACGUCACCAAGGCUGCUACUUCCAAAUUCUCAAGCGACAAGAUUUUAUCUUUCUUGGACACUCCCACCAAUGCUCCUGGUUGGAAGCCUAAGGUAUAUGAUGCUCAGAGCUGGAGCACAGAGCAGAAAGACCAUGAGCUGCCUGAAGCGCAUGACCAGGUGCCAACUUCUCAAAUCAAGAUCGAUGGGAAGAGGUUUUCCGCUGCUCUCAAAAACGCCAUGGCCACACUUAUUGAUCAGGAGCCUCUUAUUACCAAAUACGACACACAAGUUGGCGAUGGUGACUGUGGCGAGACACUCAAGUUUGGUGCUGAAGCCAUUUUGAAGGCUCUUGAUUCAGAUAAAUCAUUCCAGGGCAAUUUGGAUGACCCCGUCGCAACCUUGAGUUUCAUUACCGAGUUGGUGGAGGAUAACAUGGGAGGAACUUCGGGAGGUAUUUAUGCCAUUUACCUUACGAGUUUGGUAAAAAACUUACAGCAGGUAUCCAACACAGAAGUGAAGACAAUUGCUGCGGCCAUGAAGGAUGCUCUUUACGAUGGCUUAUUCAAGUACACCAAGGCACGUAAAGGCGGACGUACGUUGGUGGAUACGUUGCAGCCUUUUGUGGACACUUUAGUGGAAAGUGGAGACCUCAAGUUAGCGUUGAACGACGCAAAGAAGUCUUGUAAAGAGACUGCCAAAUUGCACGCCAAAUUCGGUCGAGCUUCUUAUGUGAACGAGGCGGAAUUUCAAAGCGAAGGAGGCGUCCCUGACCCUGGGGCUGUAGGCUUGUUGGCUAUCAUCGAGGGCUUCCUUUCUGAGUUUUAA